GUUCAGUAUUACUCAUGCAGAUCAAGUCUCUUUCCCUGGAUAGAAGCAUGACCACAAAACUACCAUCUCAAGAGGAGUUUGAGAACUGGACAGCUUUUCAAGUUGCAGAUCUCUUAAGACAGUUUGGAAUGCCUGAAUCUGCUGCGGUUGUAGAAAAACUGUGCAUGAAUGGAUCUCAUUUCUUGAAUGCAUCAGAACAUGAGCUGAGCAGAUUCAAAACAAUGCACUGGCCGAAGCUUCAAAAGAUGGUGCAUGACAUCAAGAAAAAUGAAAGUGGGAUAAUAAACAAGUUCAAAAAGUUCCAAAAUGAACAAGUGGCCUUAAUUUACAAAACUGGGAAAGAUACUUGGGAUCGCCUAAAAAAAAAGCCUCCGCCAAGUCUGCCACAAAGGGAUUAUGCUUCAGAGCACGCAGACAAUGAAGAGGAACAAUGGUCAGAUGAUUUUGACAGUGAUUAUGAAAAUCCAGAUGACCACUCUGAUUCUGAGAUGUAUGUGGUCCCCAGUGAAGAGAAUCCUGAUGACAGCUAUGAGCCACCUCCAAGUGAGAAGGAGAAAAAGAAGAUUCCCUCUGCAUUCCCUAUUUCUAGGGGUGAAUAUGCAGACAAUCGCACCGGUCACCAGAAGCUUCCUCCCAUCAACAAACCCCUCCCAAGUACACCCAGUCCAGCCAUGUCCAGACCAAAGAAACCAUGUGUGCCAUCCAUGCCAUUGCCAUCUCCUGCUGCAAAACCAAAAGUGCCACCCAAGCCUAAGGAGUGCAGUGAUGAUGAGGAUAACUACAUUGUGCCAGUGGACAAUGAUGAUGAUAACUAUAUUGAACCCACAGAAGGCAGUGUGUCACUACCUACAAGAUCACCUGGGAACAGAUUUAUGAAGACAACAAAGCCAGCCCCCCCUAUUUCUCCAAAGCCUUCUCUUACUUCUGUUAUGCAAGAAGUCUACGAGGUUCCUGAAGAAGAGGAAAAACCAUCACCACCACCAGUAACCAGGUUCACCAAGCCACUCAUGUUUAUGCCUGUUCAGAAUACAGAGCACUCCCACAUGCACAGCAUGACCAGAGAGUCACCUAAGCAGGAUAAUUCCAGAAAUAUUUUGCCUCUCCCCAGAAGUCGUCUUCAUCCAAAAACAGACCAUGAAGCAAACAAUAAUGAUGAAAGUCAGAGGUUCAAUAACACACAAGAAUCCAGAUUUCCCACUGGAGCAGCUCCAUCUCCGUUACCAAGGGGCCUCAAGAAGGCUUCUAAUGCAGUAAUUUCACCAAAACCGUGUUUACCUUCCAGAGAGACCUUAACUGCAAAUGAAGAAAAACCUAUGGUACCAGAACGACGGCGCAAUUCCAGCCAGGAACUUCCACUUCCCCCCCUUCCAAGUGGUGCCCAAAAGCCUCUGCUCCAAAAGCCCUCAAUUCUGCCAAGGCCUUGUGUUCUGUGGAAUCAGGCCAAAAGCCCUGUAGAUGCUCAAGUCACUUUUUCCACUUUAGGUAUAGCAAUUAUGUUUGGUAUUCUUUAAUCAUUUAGUACCAUCCUGACUUGAAAAUUAUGUAAAAUAACUGUUACCACCUCUGAAUUUCAGUGGUGACAGUUUUUAAAAUUUCAUAGGUAAAGAUAAUCUGGGCCCAUCAGUUCAAUUGUACUAAUGUUAUUUAAGCUCUGCUUCCAAUUUGAUUGUGGAAAUUUCUAUUUCUGUGCCAGAACUACUAUUUGUUUAGUACCUAGAUUAUCUUUAAAAUCAAUAAAAUUCUUAUUGCAUAAAGCCCCAUCUCGCUUUACUUUUUUACACACAGCCAAGGCGACUUUCAUAACUUAUUUUAAUAUCCUUUUGUCAAGUCUAAUUCACUAAUCUGAAUUCUGUCAGUUCUUGCUUUAUUCAUACAGUCUACUUUCAGAUGUGGCUUUAACAGUCAGUCAGUCAAAAUUUUAGAGAAAAACCAAAAUCCAUAAUAUUGAAUAGCCUUCUUCAGGUGAUUUUUAAUUCAUUGAGAGAUGGAACUGCUCCCUACAAUGUCUCCCCUCCACUUUGGAUGCAGCUUCCAGACAGUUGCAUCUUUACUGCAAAAGAAGUUCUAAAUGUACUUCACACAAUUGUCUUUGUCUCCAGUCCAAUUGCAUUUUUUAGUUCUGGCCACUGUAUGGUCUUCUCUAUAACAUUCUAUUGCUUUCUAAAUCAGUAUCUAAAUCAGAAUUUUAUUAGUGAAGAUUUAACAAUGAAGUCUGCAGAGCACCAUAUCCAGAAAGGGUAGCAUUUGUUUUCCCUAUUAAGUAAAGCACACAGGAAAAAAAGCCUCUCAUAAUAGCAAAAUGAGUAUCACUCAACUUUCUACAAUAAUCUUCUCUAGUGUAUUGGUUUGCAUCCAGCUGUGUUCACAAGUACCUAUAGCAGACACCUACACUGUUGGGCCAAAUUCUUUUUUACCAGAAAGCAAUAAUCCAUACUUCUUUCAUCAUAUCAUUACUAUGCAACACUACUCAAACAUUUCACUUCUGAUUUCUUAAACUCUUGCAUCUGUAUUUCAGCCCUAGUAACUAUUUUCAACUAUGCUUUGUUAUUCCAAUUAAGCAUAAUGUUUUGUCCAUUUUGCUGCCCGGACUUCUUGCACAUGUAUACAAACAGUUCAGGCAGUCUAAACUGGUGAAAAAUUAUCUCUGAAAUAAAUUCAGUUUCCUGACUUGUUCACCUGUAAGACUACUUCUCACAAUGGACUGAGAAUUACUUGCAUCGAGUUCCUGCAUUUUCUUAUCUAUUGCUACAUUGAUUCACUUUGGUGGUGGAAGAGGUUUUUUCCAGUACUCUGAGUUUAGUUCUGGCCAAUAACCAAGUUGUUAUCCAGACUGGCUUUUCCUUCACAAGCAAGGCUACCCUUUGGGCAGGCAAGUGUCCCAGUGCUUACAUAGACCAUCUAUUUCCAGUAGAAAGUCUUUCCUGAUAUCAAAGGGCAAGUGUUUCCAGAUCUUCCAAACAAUUCAAUUGUUGUAACCAUUCAAUUUCUUACAUCAUAACAAACAUA